AUGUUUUAUGCACAUAGGUGCGGCAAACAAAGGUGGUCCGAAAACCCCCGUGAAGCCAUCAGCACAGAAAGGAGCAGCAAAAACAGCCCCACCAAAACAAGCCGCGGCUGCGGCAGUGAAAACGCCCCAGGGGAAGAAGAAGAAAGGUCACAAGCACCAGCAGUACGAACUGAUAGUCACGAUCAAUUUAAAACGGAAAGCAAAGAAGAUAUCUAUAACAAGGAAUACAGAAGAAUACGGCGUAUAACUAAAGAUUUAGAAAUUCGACAGAUUUCCUCUGAAUAUGGCCUUACGGAGGAACAAGUUGCAGAAUUCAAGGAGGCGUUUAUGCUGUUCGACAAGGACGAAGACGGCACGAUCACGAUGGCUGAACUGGGCGUCGUGAUGCGAUCACUUGGUCAGAGACCUUCGGAAACGGAGCUUCGAGAUAUGGUGAAAGAAGUAGAUCAAGAUGGAAACGGUACUAUAGAAUUCAACGAGUUCCUUCAGAUGAUGUCGAAGAAAAUGCGCGGGUCGGAUGGGGAAGACGAGCUUAGAGAAGCAUUCAGGGUAUUUGAUAAGAACAACGACGGUUUGAUCUCGUCCGUGGAACUGCGCCACGUGAUGACAAACCUAGGCGAGCGACUCAGCGAGGAGGAAGUGGAUGAUAUGAUCCGCGAAGCCGAUUUGGACGGAGAUGGCAUGGUCAACUACGAUGAAUUUGUGACAAUAUUGACGUCGAAAAACUAG